AUGGCGCUCGAAACCGGGCUGGUUCAGGCCCUGAAGGCCUUCUCAACCCCCAGGUGGUGGGAGAUUGGGGCCUCCGAGGAGAGCCGAAAGCGCUGCAAGCCCGGGGACUUUCAAAAAGCCUGCCGGGAGCGGCAUGAGGAGAUGCGGAAGGUCUACGAGUCCGCCAUGGCAAAUGAUUCCGAGCAACGCUGGCUGCGCAAGGUGAGCGCAGACGGAACAUCUGCCGACAAAGUGGCCGCACUGACCAUGCUCAUUCAGCUUUGCCCGGUGUUCUCGACGGGCUACAUUAAAGCUCUGCUGACUAUGGCUAGCAAGACGGCACGAAGCGAUUCGGCCAUGGCUAUGGAUGCACUUAAGGAGCUUCUGACGGGCACGCUGCUACCGAAUCGGAAGCUUAAGACGCUGGAGCAGAUGGAGCCUGUGUCCGCCAAGGGCCUCAAGAAGUCCACCUUCACCGAGAUUUGCGUGGUCUCCUUCUUCGAGGACUAUUUGAAGACAGCCGUGGCAGCUUUCGUGCAGGUGCUGGGCUUUGCCUCACAGAAUACGGUUGCCUUCAUCAAGACCAAGGCAGUGCGAUCUGCCUACGAGCUCCUGUCGGCCAAGCCAGAACAGGAAAAGGCUUUGCUGUCCUUGCUUAUCAACAAGUUCGGGGACUCUUCCGGCAAGGUGUCCUCACAGGUCUCCUUCUGCAUCAAGGAGCUGCUCAAGAAGCAUCCUGGUAUCAAGGGCCCCGUGGUGAAGGAGAUGGAGGCGUUCUUGGCCCGGCCAAACAUCACCCAGAAGUCGAGGUACAGCACGCUUCUGCUGCUCUCAGAGAUGAUCUUCGGCCGCUCGGACGGGGAGGUGGCCGCCCGCUUGGUCCGGCUUUUCGUGGCGCAGCUGGAACUGGCCCUCAAGAAGCCCGUGCUCACGAAGAAGGAGUUCCGCCACAAGAAGCGGAGAGGUUGGACACCGAAGCCAAAGCGCAAGCGGCAGCCGCUUCGAGAGGAGGACAACCGAAUUGUGCGAACCAUCAUCAAUGGCAUUCGCCGUGCCACGCCCUACGUGGACACCGUGGGUGGUGCUGCGCUGCAGCCUGAUACCGUAGAGGCCUUGUUCAAGGUGUGCCACACCGUCUCCGCCUAUUCCACGCGCGUGAGCAUCCUAAGCCUCUUGCACCGCGGUCUGGCUGCGGGAGAUCCGCCCGACCGUUUCUACCGUCUGCUAUAUGAGCAGAUUGGCCAGUUUGAGCUUUUCACAAGCUCCCAUGCUUGGCAAGCCUUCUUGCUUCUGCAGCGAUGCGUGCCUGGAGAUGCCUCGGCGGCGCGAGGCCUGGCCUUGGCGCGUCGGCUUCUACAGGUAUCUGCUGGUGCUGAGCCUCCGGUAGGAGCAGCCUCUUUGGGCGUGCUUCGGGACCUGGUCAUGGCCAGAAGGACUGAGAUUAAGCCCAUUCUGCACACCGUGGACAGCAAGAUCGUCAUCUCCAGAGAGGAGGGUGCUGAUGCGGAGGAGGAACAUUUCAUCGAUGAUGACGUCGCAGAAGCGCAGCAGCAGGAGGCGAACCCGAAGGAGGUUCCGACCCAGUAUGACAGCCUGGCUCGAGAACCACGGUUUGCGCGAGCUACGAACACGCCCGUGUGGGAGCUGCAGGCGCUCACGACUCACAUCCACCCCUCAGUCGGCACUUACGCUUGCAAGCUGCUGGAUGGCCAAACUUUCCAGGACAUGCCUGCCAAUCCCUUCGACGUGUUUUCGAUUCCCGAGCUGCUGGAGCAGUUCGCGUACCAUGCCAAAGCUCGGCGCGAGCGGGCCGGAAAGAAGGCUGGGGAGAAAGUUGGUCAGACCAUUGCCGUCAACUCGGAGAAGUUUCUGAAAAGGAAGAAAGUGCAGCCCCACGAGAAGUUCUUCCAGGAUUACUUCCGAGACUCUUCCGUGCGAGCAGAGCAGGACAGGAAGCGGAAGGUGCGCCGGGAGAAAGAGGAGGACUUUGAUGAGGCGGGGGAUGCCGAUGGCGAGGAUGCGGAUGAGUUCUUCGACAACUACCUCAAGGGCCAGAUUCCCGAAGGAGAGGACGACGAUGACGAUGAGGACGAUGGUGCCUUCUUGGAUGAGGACGGUGAAGAGGAGGAGGGCGAUGUGGACGGAGAGGAACCUGAGGAGGAAUCCGAAGACGGCGCCUUCUGCGAUGUGGAGGACCAGGAGGAGACCGAGGAGCCAAAGACCCAGAGUAAGCGGGACAAGGCCAAGGAACUACGCAAGAGGCACAAGGGUGGCUCAAUGUUCGCGUCCUUGGAAGAUUUCCAGCAGCUCAUGGAUGCCGACUUUCCAGCAUCGCAACUCAACUUCAUGCCCUGCAGCGCGUUUGCACGUCAGCUCCAGAACACUGACGCCGUCCGUGCCGGUCACAUUGACUGCGUCCGCCUAUUGGCCUUCGCGGGAGCUUCGCUAGGAGACAGUGCUACUGAUGAAGACCGGACCAAACUCCAGCAGACUUUUGGGGAGGACUUUUCCUCGCCAGGCUCGUGGAGCGAAGUUCAGAAAUUCCAGCGCCGCAUGAAUGACCUGCAGCAGCGCGUAGCGCGGCUGCUGAUCUCGGUGGCCAAGGGCCGAGCCAGGCCGGAGGUCUUCGAUGCGGAGGCAAGCACAAAGUUCAACAGGCAGCUGAUCUGCGCCAUCUUCAAGCAGUGCCCGCAGCUGGCGGACGGGAUGCUGUCCUUCACGAAGCUUCUUCAGAGCCUGGAGGCGAAUGGAGUGGCGCCACUGCAGACUUUCUUGGCCUUCUUGCAGGACUCGAUCGAUUGCAUGCGGGACAGCCGAUGGUGGAUGUGGUAUUCCAAGCAGCAGGGGAACCAGAAGGACAAGGAGGACCGGAACGAACGCCACCACAAGUCCCGGCGUGAGGCAAAGGUGGAAAAGUCCACCGGGAUGAUCACGAAGCUGAUGGUGGCGGGCAUGGGCAUUUGCAACCAGCUGGCCAACGUGGUGAUGAAGGCCGCAAAAGAAAUCUACCAGAAGGUGAACUGGGAGGUUAACACGCGGCGGAUCGUCAGCAAGGACUACAGGUUGGAUGAGGGCAACCUUGGACGCCGAAGAGAGCGCUUGCCUUCUGGCAUGGAAUCCCAGAAGCAGUCGCAGCAUUCACGCAGGCCGCGGCCCUCAGAAGGUGGUCCCGGUGGGCGCCGGAGGUCGAUAGCUGGCAGUAUGAGCCCGAGCUCACACCGGGCUCCCUCACACUCGGGCAGCAGACGCUCUCGACUCGGCGAAGAAACCGAGGACCCUCGGGAGCCCGGACACCAGCCAACCGUUUGUGUUAUUUGCGUUGAGUGCAUGUUUCAUGCGCUGGGUUGGGACGUGGACUGGACUGCCCCAGCAUCGGCCAACUACGGCAUCAAUGCGGGAGCGGUCAAGAAGAAGCUGGAGGAGGUGGCCAUGCUGCUGAUGCCUGCCCAAGAGGGCACUGCGAUCGAGUUGCUGGACUCCAUGUUGGAGAUCCACGCGCCGCCCAUGGAAGCAGCUGCCUGGCGGGCCGAACGCCGUGCCGGAUGCUGCGUAGAUGUGUCACAGGUCUUCGCAUCCUUCCAUCAAGAUGAGUACCUGAAGCCCAUGAGCUUCCCUCUGGCUUUGGAGCUUGCGAUGUUUACGGUGCUGGGUGUAAUUCGCACCACCCCUGUGAAUAUGGACAUGCAGCCGAGCCGCGAGAAGACGCUGCAGCGGACGGACUUCUUGUUCUUGCGAAGUGGCCUGGAGCUAGCGGAGCAGGAGGUACGCGGAGACAUUGCGAAGACGAGGAAGGAGGUCAUCAAGCAGCGCGAGAACGGUGCGACUGGGCCAAGCAAGAAGGUCAUGAACAUUGGCGCCCGCUUUGGUAACCGGAUCGAGCCUGUCAGUGUCGGAAGGAUACUCGCGACUCAGAAAGAUCUCCCGGCCGACGACAUCUCCGCGAUCAUUGAUAUUCAGGAUAGCCACGUGCACGUCACCGCCAAGCUUGUCGAAGAUGACAGCGAUGAUGAAGGCCGGCGCCGUGCGGACAAGAAGAUCACACGGCGCAAGGACGAUGUGCACAUUCUUUCGCACGAGUCCAGCUUCGGCGUGAUGAGUUCCGAGCGAUUUCAGUAUAACCUCCUCCGCUACCUGCUGGACUUCACCUCCUUGCAGGUGGAUGCCAUCGAAGAGGAUGAGCGCCGGCGAGCCGCACGCAAAGUGCCCAUGGGCAUGGAGCAGCCUGAGACGGAAGAGGAGGUGGAGGACGUCUACCACAGGGAGACUUUGAGCUCCGGAGAGGUGAUCUGGCUGGAUGAAGAGAUCCUUUUAGACUUUGAGGAGAUGGGAUCUCAGGCCGUGGGGUCCGAAGCGUCCACGGAGUCCCUCUCAAGCUACGAGCGGGCACAACUGGCAUCGCCAGCAGAGGUCAAACGGUCGCCGACAUCGAACAUGGCCCGCCGCGCAGCGAAGCGCGAUGCUUCGACUUUUGACAGAAGGAGCACGUGCCUGGCCCGAUGCUGGCAGUGGCUCCAGUCACGUGCAGCUGUUUGUGGUGGGAAAGAGGAUCAAGAAGCCAAGCUCCGCCAAAAGAUGACAUGGAAGUUCCGCGAACUGGAUGAGGAUGGGGAAGGCCUGACCCUAGCAGACGUCGCGACUCUGUUGACAGACGUCUUGGGCCACCAGCUGGACCGAGACGCAAUGCUGCGUCUCGCAGCGAACGUCUACGACACCUUGGAGAGAAGCGAGCAGGAGCUGCUGCAGCUUACGGAGCUACAGGACUGCCUCGAAACCGUUACGACAGGCUAUGAAGCCAUGGUGAAGAGACAGAAGAAGCACAGCUCACAGGGCCGACGUGGCGAAGACAAUUCUUGGCCGUGGGUUCAGCGCUUGGCAGGCUACGUGAUGCCUAUGGAUUCGCCAUACCUGCUGGUCUGGGAUUUUCUGAAGCGCUUGGCUGCUAUCUACUACCUGCUCGAGGUUCCGAUGCGUUUUUGCAUCAUCAACUUUGACGCUCUCAACCCCGGCACCGCAUGGACCUGGCUGAUUACGAACAUAGUUAUGGACGUGUUCAUGUUCGCCAAUGUGCCGCUGAACUUUCUCCGAAGCUACGAGGAGGUGAGCGGCGUCGUCGUCCGAGAUUUCGAGCACAUUCGUCGGAACUACCUGCUUGGUGCUUUCAGUUGGGACUUGAUUGCAUGCCUUCCCUUCGACAUCUUCGCGGAUCCGUCUUUGACCAGUCAGCGUACCUAUGCCACCUGGCGCCUGCUGAAGCUGAUCCACCUUCGUCACCUUAAUGGCCGAAGACAUGACAGCAAGUCAUCAGACCGCCGGGAGCACGGAUUCCUGCUGACCACGUUCAUCAUCGUCUUGCAACUCUUCGUGCUCCUACACUUUAUGGCCUGCAUCUUCUGGUACUUGGGGAACGGCUGGCCUUCCCUGCAGGAACUGGUCCGCCGACGAGGCGAUUUUGACAUACGCGGCUGGUUUAUGGUCUAUGAAGGCAUGCAGGUCGAGCAGGGCAGCAUGAGCCAGCCGGAAGUUCCCGUGUUGAAUCAGUACUUGCUGUCGGUGUAUAUCAUGGUGGUCAUUGUCACCAACGACAGCAAUUAUCUCGCGAGUCCGUCAUCUUGGGUUGAGCUGUUUUGGCUCCUGGUGAGCUUCGUCAUCUCCGUCGCAGUGAUGGGCAACGUUGAUGGCACACUGGUUGGCAAGGUCAUCUCGCAAGACGAGAGUAUCGUGGAGCAGCGCGUUAUGCGAGCCAGGAUUGACACCUUCAUCAAGAACUCUGGCCUACCCCCUGACCUUGUAGACCAGAUCCGAAUGUCCGCUGGUGCAGACGGAGAUAUGGAUGUGCAUGACCUGGCGGUAAGCAACAAAACUCAGAAGGCAGCAGACGUUCGGAUCAUGGAGUCUGUCUUGGCCAACCUCUCCUAUUCGCUCCUCCAGCGCGUGGGACGGCGCGUGUUCCUCAAGUGGCUCCAGGCUCUUCCCAUCUUCAAGGACUGUUCCGACCCCUUCCUGCUUCACUUGGCCACGACGUGCCGGCUCCUGACAUCCUCAGCUGGGGCCUUCGUCUGCCGGGCCGGUGAGCCCACGAGUUACUUCGUGGUGCUGAAGAAUGGCUCUGCGCAGUUGCGUGACCUGAACAGCGAAGAGGUGGACCGCGUUGACGAACGCGGCACAGCCUUGUGCGACAUCUCCUGCUUAUUUGGGCUUCGGCAUGAGGUCUCCAUCGUCAGUGAGGAGGACAGCGUCUUCGUGAAAGUGCCCUUGGAGCAGCUGAACCAUGCCCUCUCCUUGUAUCCAAAGGACCAUGAGGUGAUCCACAACAACGUCCUAAAGCUGACGCCCGACCCGAGCCCGCUGAAAAUCAAGCGCUCGGGGCAAUGGGCACUCGAGCUCAACUGCUUUGGCAUGUGGGGCGAGGAAGAGGACGACAUGGCGAAGUCACAGGCUUCCCACACCUCCCGACGGCGACGGAAGCGCAAAGAGGGGGGAGUAGAUCUCGUGGCGGAGUUGACCUUGCACGACCUUUCCCUGGAGGGAGUUGCAAAGGUGCGCAAGCUCAUCAAGCAGUUCCAGAAGACGCAGGAGCAGGAGCGCAUCGGAGACUUCAUUGCCUAUGCCGCUCAGGGGAAGCUUGAGCAGAUGGAAGCCAUGCUCAGAAGCAACAAGGUGAGCGUCAGCUGCGUGAACUGGGACAUGCGGACGGCGCUCCACGUCGCCGUCAGCAACGGGCACGUCAGCAUCGUAGAGAAGUCGCCCGGUUUUGGCCACACACCCCUGGAUGAUGCUGUUCGGGAGCGGCAUGCCGAGGUUGCUGAGUUCCUCAUCGAAGCAUCGGCGGAGUUCAAAGGUGGCGUAUCGGCCGCGGUGCAGCUGUGUGAAGCAGCAGCCAGCGGCGAAACCGCCCAGCUGGAGCUGCUUGUGGAUGUCAUUGGCGUCGACCCCAACCUGGGAGACUACGACGCCCGAACAGCACUCCACUUGGCGGCUUCAAAUGGUCAUCUGGAGACCAUUACGAAGAUGCUGGAGUUUGGAAAUCUCGACCUCAGUCCCCUAGAUCGCUUUGGUCAGACCCCACUUGACGAUGCCAUCCGUCAUCAGCACGUCGCUGUGCAGAGGCUGCUCAAGUCGGAAGGCGCCCAGAUGGGCAAAGUCGAGUUCGGCGUCGCGCUCUGCGAAGCCGCGUCCCAGAACGAUCUCGGGAAGAUCAGACAGAUGAUCGAAGCUGGAGUCCGGGCCGGUAUGGCCGACUACGACUACCGUACUGCUCUGCACUUGGCAUGCUCAAACGGACACCUGGAGACCUGCGUCUUCUUGCUGCGAGAGGGCAAGGUGGAUCCGAAUCCUCUGGACCGUUUCUUGAACACCCCGAUGGAUGAUGCCAUACGCCACGAGCAGCACGAUGUGGUGCAGCUCUUGGUGAAAUACCGCGGCCGCCCCUCCCAAGAUGAGGAGCUGCAAGGAGGCGUCCGCAACGAGUUCAUCAACAUGAUGGAGGAGGAAGGGAACCGCAAAGAUGCUGACAAGCUGGAGAAGGAGCUGAAGACGAAUGGCUUUGCGGAAGUCUUGGAGAAGAUCGUCAAGCUCCGCUCCGACAUCGAGAACGAAGUGCACCAGUUCGUUGCGAGCGCUACCAACAUUCGCUACUGCCUUUGCCGCAUCCUGCACAUGGCCAUGAUCGUGAGUGACGACUCAGCACGGGGCAAAUCCGAGCUGGAGGGAUUCAUGAACGGGUACCAGGACGAAAGCACGACAGUGCAGAGGCUGCGAUACCUGAUGGACAAAGAUAUGAAGUCCCUCGACAUCACUGCAGCCAAGAUCAUCCAGCACCUCGAAGAAGAGCGUCUUGGACAUGUUUUCUUGGUUGAUGCCGUCUUCAUGCUGUGUCUUCUGGCAUCCUUGCACUCCACCCGUCUCCACGACACCCAUCGAGUCGUCUGA